AACAAAAAGCGCGCGAAGAAGAUGCGUUAACAGGACGAUGCGACUAAUCCAACAAGCUGCGGGUUGUUUGGGCGUCAAGAAACCUGUCUGGGUUUAGUAGCUUUAAGCACAACCAUACAAGAGAUUGUGCGACACUUCUGUCCUACGCCAUAAAUCGCCGAACCUUUUUGAGGUUCAUCAGGCUUGUAGAAGUUCCCUUCAUUCGCUCACACCAUGGUGGACUACUACCAGGUUCUUGGAGUGCGGAGGGAUGCGUCUGCAGAUGACAUCAAGAAAGCGUACAGAAAACUGGCCCUGAGAUGGCACCCUGAUAAAAACCCCGAAAACAAAGACGAGGCGGAGAAGAAGUUUAAGGAGCUGUCAGAGGCUUAUGAAGUCCUGUCUGAUGUCAACAAGAGGAGCACAUAUGAUCGCUACGGCAAAGAAGGGCUGACCGGUAGCGCUGGAGGCAGAGGCGGCCACUACCAUAACGGAGACCAUUUCCAUGAACCCUUCACAUUCCGAAACCCAGAAGAUGUCUUCAGGGAGUUCUUUGGCGGCAGGGACCCAUUUGCAAACUUUUUCGGUGCAGAUCCAUUUAGUGAUGAUCCUUUCUUCGGCAGCGGUCGGCGACACCAAAGUCGGGCAAGUCGGAGUCGAACAGGUGGCUCAUAUUUAGGGGGUUUUGUGGGCUUAACACCCUUUGGGGCCAGCUUCUCACCUUUUGAUACAGGUUUUGGUUCAUUUGGCUCCAUGGGCACCAUUGGUCACAUGGGUCACAUGGGCCAUAUGGCGACCAUGGGCGGUCUGGGGGGCGGGGGCUUCACCUCCUUCUCCAGCAGCUCCUUUGGGGGAGGCGGCGGCGGCGGAGGAGGAAUGGGGAACUUUCGUUCCGUGUCAACUUCCACGAAGAUCGUCAAUGGCAGGAAGAUCACGACUAAAAGAAUCGUGGAGAACGGUCAGGAGCGGGUGGAGGUGGAGGAGGACGGCCAGUUACGGUCGCUGACCAUCAACGGCAAAGAGCAGCUGCUGCGACUGGAACACAAGUAGAGAAGACGUUUCCUGGACAUGUUGAACCUCAGCACAAACUUGAGUAUCAUCAAGAAGAAGAAAAAAAGCAACAAGAAAUCCUGCUUGACCUGGUUUUGGUUGUACAUACUUUCUUUUCCUUCGUGGUCUCAUGCUUCAUUCCCAUCAGCGACUAUGCAUUUCCUUCCAUAUUGGUCAUAGAAAGCAACCUUAGCAUGGGGCUCAGGUUGGUGUUGAUGUUUCCGUGUUUGGGACCCCGCUUCGUUUCCAGUAUUCCUGCAUUCCACAAAGUUUUUUUUUUGUAAAUAUGACCAAUAUCGAAAAAGUAGAAAUCAGCAGAGGCUGAUCCGGUCUUUGUUUAUUGCUCGUCUAAGCGCUUCUUAAUAUUUUUAUUAUUAAAAAAAAAAAGAAUUCCAGUGCUGGUAGAAUUUGUCACAAUUUUCUAUGUGUUUGUGUUUAUUUAAAUAAUGCAUGUACUGUAUACCUGUUGAUGUUGAGUCUUAAACAACUGGUCAUUUACGAAUGAAAUACACUGCCUGGCCACAACAAAAGUCAACAUCAAAUAAUAAGAUGAUUGUGUGUGGAUGGUUCUAUUUCAGAGUGAAGUAAGCUAAGCAUGAAACCAUAAAGGCACUCCUUCCAAAUAAUAGUGUGCGGCCUUUUGUUGUGUCCAGGCUAGGUACAAAUUGAGAAAUUCAGUGUACUUUGUAAAGCAAUACAUUGAUUUUUUUCUGUUUUGGGGAUCUUGUGCUUUUGGUCUAUUCUCUGCUGUAAAGUUAUUACAUUUUUUUUUUUUACUUUAUUCACGUCAUUUUAGCCACACUUGGAAAGAUGUUGCUUUUCCAUGAAUAGUGAGAUUCGAUUCCUGUUAUGUCACCAGUUUAAAAAAUGUAAGAAUAAACUUGUGUGUACAGGUU